CUCGGGUGUCCCGUGUUUUGUGCUCCGCCGCAUCAUUUCCGUGCUGUGUGCGGCUGUUGCUGUGUCAUGGCGGAGGCCGGAUGUUACCGGCUGCGCUGCUCUGUCCCCGGGCACGAACUGGAUGUCCGUGGGGUGGUCCAAUGCCCCCUGUGGCCGGGUGAGGGCUUCGUGUCCGUGUCACGUGACAGGAGCGCGCGCCUGUGGGUGCCGGACAGUCCCAGCACAGGUUUCAUUGAACUGAAUCGUAUGAAGGGGCACUCCAAUUUUGUCUCUUGUGUCUGCUAUAUCCCACCAAGUGAUACCUACCCACGAGGACUGAUAGCCACCGGUGGAAAUGACCAUAACAUCUGUGUGUUCAGCUUUGAUAGUCCAAACCCUCUGUAUGUUCUGAAAGGCCACAAGAACACAGUAUGUAGUCUGUCUUCUGGAAAGUUUGGCACCUUGCUAAGUGGAUCAUGGGAUACAACUGGAAAAGUGUGGCUGAAUGAGAAGUGCAUGAUGACCUUACAGGGUCACACUGCUGCUGUUUGGGCUGUGAAAAUUCUGCCUGAGCAGGGUUUGAUGCUGACUGGAUCAGCUGACAAGUCUAUCAAGCUGUGGAAGGCAGGGCGGUGUGAGAGGAGCUUUUUAGGGCAUGAAGACUGUGUUCGCGGGCUGGCAACAUUGAAUGAGGCUGAAUUUCUUUCUUGCUCCAAUGAUGCCAGUAUAAGGAGAUGGCUUAUUACUGGAGAGUGCCUACAGAUCUACUAUGGCCACACCAAUUAUAUCUAUAGCAUAUGUCUCUUUCCAAAUUCUCAAGAUUUUGUGACCACUGGAGAGGACAGAUCAAUGCGGAUCUGGAGAAAAGGAGAGUGCACACAGACAGUACGAUUACCUGCCCAGUCUGUGUGGUGCUGCUGUGUCUUGGAAAAUGGAGACAUUGUUGUGGGAUCAAGUGAUGGUAUUAUCCGAGUGUUUACGGAGUCCCAGGAUCGUACAGCCACUGCUGAAGAAAUCCAGGCAUUUGAAGAUGAGCUUUCCCAAGCUGUUAUUGAUCCAAAAACUGGGGACCUGGGAGACAUGAAAAUAGAGGAUCUUCCUGGAAAGGAGCAUCUCAGUGAACCUGGUACGAAAGAAGGACAAACUCGUCUUGUGAAAGAAGAUGGCAAAGUUGAAGCAUACCAGUGGAGUGUUAGUGAAAUGCGCUGGAUGAAGAUUGGAGAUGUGGUUGGCUCUUCUGGCGCUACUCAGCAAACAUCUGGAAGAGUUCUAUUUGAAGGAAAAGAGUAUGACUAUGUAUUUACAAUUGAUGUGAAUGAAAGUGGGCCUUCCUUCAAACUGCCAUAUAAUAUUACAGAAGAUCCAUGGCUUGUAGCACACAAUUUCCUAGAGAAGAAUGAUCUGAAUCCCAUGUUCUUGGAUCAAGUAGCUAAGUUCAUUAUUGACAACACUGGUGGACAGAUUAUACCUGCUACAAAUUCUGGCUUUGCUGACCCAUUUACUGGUGGAGGCCGAUACAUACCUGGAAGUUCCUCUGCUGUUCCUUCUGGUGCAGAUCCGUUCACAGGUGGCAGCCGAUAUAUGCCUGGUUCAUCUUCAAAUCAUACUGCAGGGGCAGGCGAUCCAUUUACAGGGAGUAAUGCCUACAGAACAGCUGCUGCACAAAUUCCUAACAUAUACUUUCCUAAGAAGGAGCCUCUCACAUUUGAUCAAGCAAACCCAGCACAGAUUUUAGGUAAAAUUAAAGAACUGAAUGAAUUUGCUCCUGAAGAAAACCGGUUGCCUGAGGAUGACUUAAUCCGACUCGACAAACUGCUGUCCUUAGUUGUUAAUACCUCAAGAGAAACAGUCACCGCUCAACAAGUAGACACUUUGUGGAGGGCAGUCAAAUGGCCUGAAGAUAUUGUUUUCCCUGCCUUAGAUAUUCUUCGUCUGGCUAUCAAAAAUCCUACGGUCAACGAAAUGUUCUGCAACGAAAGAGAAGGAAGCGCAUUUACCAACUACCUCUUCCGAGUAAUGCGGCCCGGUGGCAAACAAGCCAACCAACUGCUUGCUCUUCGGACAUUAUGCAAUUGCUUCUCAUCUGAAACAGGUGCAAAGCUCAUGAUGUUACAUAGAGACACUGUAAUAACAAAAUCCAUCGAAGUGAAAUCUGUUUCCAAUAAGAAUGUCCACACUGCUCUGGCCACGCUGAUCCUCAACUAUGCCACCUGUUUACAUAGAUUAAGUGAUUUAGAAGGAAAAGCCCAAUGCCUGUCAGCGAUCAGUACCGUUCUGGAAGUUGUGCAAGACCUUGAAGCUGCUUUUAGACUUCUUGUGGCCCUUGGGACACUGAUCAGUGAGGAUUCCAAUGCCAUGCAGUUAGCCAAGUCGCUGGGAGUUGACUCUCAGAUUAAGAAAUACAUGUCUGUCAAAGAACCAGCCAAAGUGAAUGAGUGCUGCAGGCUGCUUUUAAAUGCUCUCUAACUUUCCCCCUUUUCCACCAAUUGGGAAAAAAGUAUAUAUUCCUGCAGCAGUUUUGUUUUUCUACAUAACAUACCAUGAAUACACUGAAUGCUGUGGAUUGAAUGCUGAAAGUUUCUUGUCUUUAAAAUAUAAAUUGAUUUAAAUACAUUUUUGCACUGAAUUUGUCAGCUGUGGGGUUUAUUUAAUACAACAUUUUCAUCUUUCACAUUGAGAAAGCAAAUACAUUUUUUUUCUCAUGCUUGAAUUGCAUUGCAGAACAUUAAAAGAGGUCACUAAAAAACAGGACAUGUUUGUACAUUUGGGUCAGUACUUAUUUGUCAAGCAAAUAGAUGUUGAUAUGUACUAGUUUUUUUUAAUGAACUGGUGCCAGAAAGUUAAACAGAUUUGUAAAUGACUUCUAUUAAAAAAUCUUAAUC